AUGGGGAAGCUUUCGAACGAAGUUUACUUAAAUUUGGCAAAAAAUAUCCCUACCAGAAAAAUUAGAAAAAAUCUGAGAGGGUGUGCUUAUGCAGACUAUAAAUGGAGGGAUAUUAUUGAAUUUAAAAAAUCUGUGGAAAAAAUGAGAAAUGAGGCUGAGGAAGUCAGUCAAGAUGCGAAUAGGGUUAUUUCGGGGUAUUCGAGGAUGUUAUCGUUGUUAGAAAUGUUUAAACUUAAAAAGGAUGAUACAACAUUGAGAUUAUCGUAUGGUGAUGAUGGUGCUUCAAGUUCGGAAAUAAAGGCGGAAAAAGGUUAA